AUGGCUUCCUCUGGCGGUCCCAUGCCAGUGCUGCCCACCGAGAAGGCAGUGGCACACACAAGCUUCUGGGUCGGGACCAAUGUGAUGGUCCUGUUCCCUGGAUGGCCUGGUAAUUACAUCCUCUUGCAUUACUACUUGGCUCUACUUCUGGUCUUUGUGCUUGCCCUCCUUACUCCGAUUUGUGGAAUGUGUUCCAUGCCUGCCAACAAACAGAUGGCCCCUAUGACCCUGCUUCUCUACGCCAUGAGGCAUGGCCUGCGCAAGUGCCUUUUCUACUUGGUGGUGCUCUCGGUCGUCACCUUCAAUGUUGGAGUUUUCCUUGCAGCUAUCGCUGGACAUGUGAUAGGCUACUUUGCCCUCUCUGCAUGUAUGCUCUAUCAUCAUCGCACUACAACUGAUACCAAAGUCUGA